CGAACAGAACACCACCGCCGUCAACAUGUACAAGAUCGUCGCCUUCACCAUGCUGGUGGCCGCCGUCAGCGCCGCCCCCGGUUACCUGGGCGGUUACGAUGGCCUGAGCGGCCUGGGUCACGGCGUCGCCAUCGCCGCCCCCGUGUCCGUUGCCCACGCACCCAUCGCCGUGGCCCACGCCCCCAUCGCCGUGGCCCACGCCCCCGUCGCCACCUCGUACGCCAACUCCAACCUCAUCUCCAGGACCAUCGGCGUGGUUGCCGCCCCCGCCCCCGUCAUCGUCAAGUCCGUGGCUGCCCCCGUCUCCCUCGGCUACGGCGGCUACGGUCUCGGCCACGGAGGCAUCUCCCUCGCCGGCCACUACUAGAAGCCAAAUCCUUGGUCGAACAAAAAUUGACAAAAAUCACCCUUAUCACCUUCCAGUGUAUUUAUACCAAUCGACAAAUCCAUGAAAUAAAAUGCGAGGCGAUACCCAAAAAAA